ACUUUAAUCCCAAAGUUAUUUCCUCCAUUUCCCCCGUUUUGAGAAAGACCCAUUUUCAACAACUGUAACACUUUCACCUCCGUUUACUCUCACUCUCUCCUUCUUCAACCCAUUUAUAUCAUAACACACUCAAAUCAAAAUAAAAAAACACUCUCUCAACUCCGAGAAAUACUUAGUUGGACAAAACACCAACACAAUGGACCCGUGGCUCGACGAUCUAACCGACGACCUCCAGAGCCUAAGCUUUGCCUCCACAACAACCACCACUGUCACCACCGCCGACAUCAAACGCAGUACAAGCUUCAGUUCAUCCUCAACCUCCGCUCAUCUCUCCGGUCGAUCCCUUCCAUUUCCUCCUCCUCCUCCAACCACCACCAAACAUCACGCUCCUUCCUCCGACCCACGCUGGUCAGCCAUUCACCGGAUCCAAUCCGAAUCCCCUUCUCGUCGCAUCCUCCCCUCCGACCUCCGCUUCUCCCACCGUCUCGGCUCCGGCGACAUCAGCUCUGUCUACCUCGCUGAACUUAAUGACGACGGCAAGAUUCCGGCGAUGUUUGCGGCGAAAGUGAUGGAUAAGAAGGAGCUUGUUAGUAGAAGUAAGGAAGGAAGAGCGAAGACAGAGAGAGAAAUACUUGAAUCUCUUGAUCAUCCUUUUUUGCCUACUCUUUAUGCUACCAUUGAUGCUGCGAAAUGGCUCUGUCUUUUGACUGAGUUUUGUCCCGGCGGUGAUCUUCACGUUCUCCGGCAACGGCAGCAAAACAAACGGUUCAAUGAAUCCGCCGUCAGAUUCUAUGCAUCAGAAGUGUUGAUGGCACUUGAAUACCUUCACAUGUUGGGAAUAGUAUACCGUGAUCUGAAGCCAGAGAAUGUAUUAGUUCGAUCAGAUGGCCAUAUAAUGCUCACAGACUUUGACCUCUCAUUAAAAUGUGAUGAUAGUUCCACACCAGCCCAGAUAAUAAUCUCCAAUCAAAACACUCCUCAAGUAGCCCUACCAAAAAAUCCCCAUACUGAACACUCACAAUUUGCCUCAUCUUCAUGCAUAAUUCCCAACUGUAUAGUCCCAGCAGUGUCUUGUUUCCAACCAAAACGCAAAAGAAAGAAGAAACAAAACCAGUUCAAUGGGCCUGAGUUUGUUGCUGAGCCCAUUGAUGUUAGGUCCAUGUCAUUUGUUGGGACCCACGAAUACUUAGCUCCUGAAAUAGUGUCUGGUGAGGGACAUGGUAGUGCUGUGGAUUGGUGGACCUUAGGGAUAUUUAUAUUCGAAUUAUUUUAUGGUGUCACACCUUUUAGAGGCUUGGAUAAUGAAUUAACUCUAGCAAAUAUCGUGGCUCGAGCUUUGGAGUUCCCAAAGGAACCCACCGUGCCAGCCACGGCAAAAGAUCUUAUCUCACAGUUAUUGGUUAAGGACCCAUCAAGGAGGCUAGGAUCAAUAAUGGGGGCUUCUGCAAUCAAACACCACUCAUUUUUUCAAGGUGUGAAUUGGGCAUUGUUAAGGUGUACAACUCCACCUUAUGUUCCACCACCUUAUACUAAAGACAAAGAAGAUGUAUCUGAUGAUAGUUGUCCACAAACUCCUGUUGAUUAUUAUUGAUCACAAUAGGAGAGCUUGGAUUCCACAUGGAUAACCCACAUUCACAUAUUUAAGAUAUCGAUGACCGUUCGAUCAAGCUCAGACGAUCUAAAACAAUAUCAAAUUUCUUGAAUCUGGAUCGUCAGAUCUUGAUCAAACGUCCACACUGAUAUCUUUAUUGUGUAAAUACGUGGAAACCCGAUCUCAGGGGAGCCGGAUCACAAUAGAAGGAGGAAAAAGUACAGUUAGAUAGCUAGUUGAAUUCAGGGAAUUCAAUUAUAUUUUUCUUUUUUUAAUUUAUUUUCUCUCUGUUAAGUUAAUUUGUCACCAUACUAUUGUCUUUAUAUUUAAGAGGCUUGAAUAGCAAAAUGUAAUAUUGUCAACCAAACUAUGUUGAUUGAGCUUGAUGACAAAUUAAAUUAAUAGGUACUCGAGCAGAGCAACGUACCAUAUGCAGAUAAGUUUGGUGAAUUAUAAUAAUAUAGCUGUCGAAAGCAAUUGCACA